CAGGAUGGCGGAUAAUUUAAAACAAAAGAGUAGUUCGACAACGUCAUUUGAUAAAUCAUUUUAUUUUUGUGGAAUUUAUACAAAAAUAUUAUGUUUGUGAUAAAUUAGUGCUUAGUUCUAUUAUUUAUAUAACGUUUUUUAAUUUUAGCGUUUACUACAAUUAUAACAAUAGAAAUGUAUAGUAUCUUAUAUUAUGUUUUAUUUUAAUUAUGACUCGUAGUCCUGACAUAUUAUUUACGACUGAGUACAUAAAGAAUGUUCUAUAUUUUGCUACCGUGAGACAAGGAAAGGUCCUCAAAGACACGAUCGAUACGCAUUAUUUUUGUAUAGAUAACGAACUAGUAUACGAAAAUUACUAUUCAGAUUUUGGACCAUUGAACUUAGGAUGCGUCUACAAGUAUUGUAAAAUAUUGAAUGAGAAACUGAAACUAUAUUUGAAUAAGCAAACUAUUGUUCAUUACACAUCCAUCGAUCCAAAGAAAAAGGCGAACGCGGCGUACCUAAUAGGAUGUUACGGAGUUUUGUGUUUGAGUUUAUCUCCAAAAGACGCUCUGAAACCCCUUUUAGUCCACGGGCAAACUUACAGACCAUUCCAAGACGCAACGCAAGGUGACUCCGCGUAUACGAUAUCUCUGUUAGAUUGUCUUCAAGGAAUAAAGAAAGCUCACGAUCUGGGCUUCUUUAAUUUGCAAGAUUAUAAUUACGAAGAAUACGAUAGAUUGGAUAAAAUUCAGGGUGGUGAUUUAAAUUGGAUUGUACCAGGCAAAUUCCUAGCUUUCAUUGGACCCGUUGACUACAGCGUUUCACUGUACCAUCCGCCAGAGAUGUAUAUCGAUUAUUUCUUAGAAAAUAACGUCAAGAUAGUGAUACGGCUGAAUAAAAGGCUAUACGAUGGCAAUGUUUUUAGCAAUGUGGGCAUAAUUCACUACGAUUUAUUCUUCCCGGACGGAUCGUGUCCACCGCGGCAUAUUUUGUUCAAAUUCCUCCAAAUCAGCGAAGACGCUGACGGCGCCAUCGCAGUGCAUUGCAAGGCAGGUUUAGGUCGCACUGGCUCGCUAAUCGGAUGUUUCCUGAUGAAGCACUAUCGCAUGACUUCACACGAAGCCAUCAGCUGGAUGAGGAUAUGCAGACCUGGCUCUGUCAUAGGCCACCAGCAAGGAUGGUUGGAGCAGUUAGAGCCGUGGUUAAUCAAACAAGGGAAUCUUUAUAGGAAAAGAUUAUUCCAAGACACGGAGAAAAUGCCAAUUCAUGAAUUUGGAAUUUAUUCCAUUGCUGAAAAAACUUUAAAGCAACGUCCAAUCGUCUUUCACAAGUCACCUUCGCCCCCGCCGCCGAUGCAAAGGACGAAUAAACCGGAAAUGACGCCUAUUAUAAGACCUCAAGCGUCUAAAAUCAGAGAAGCUCCUAGUAAGGCGCCCAACAAGGUGCCGAGCGACUGGCACGUGAGGUCGUCGAGGUAUAGCGCGCAAAAAAUUACAAACAAAGGAGACCAAAAUGAAACUAGCGAUAACCUAUCGCGGCGUAGCAGCGCGGCAGGCGACCCAAGACUCGCAAGGCCCAAGUCUCGCACUUCUACUGGAAGAUCUAAGCCAACAAAGACUACCUCGAAAGAUUUAAACAUGAACAAUUAUGGACAAUAUCAUCACGCCCCAACAUUCCGAACAAGCCAAGCGCCAGUCAUGAAAAAUGUCAACGAUGCCAGGGACUUCUUGAUGCGCAGCAGUGUGUUCAGUAGCGAGCGAGAGAGGCAGCUGAACGCAUCUCUGAGAGUUGUACCGCAGCACACAAUUCAUAUUCCAAAUCAAAUAACUUACAAUCCUGCUGAUACGUCGCGAAUAAAUUCAACCGCCUAUAAUGCUGCCAGGGCUCCAAUGAACCAACAGCGGCGGCGCCUAGGACGCAGUCCCAGCCCUUCACCAGUUCGCGGGUCUAUUGAGCAGACGCGAGCCACAAAUACUCCGACCACGGCUGAGAAGUUCCUCGUGAAAGAUGCUUCUAAAUGCGCGAUAAGAGAAGCUUUGUCGAGGCUCAAACUGGCAGCCCCGCGCGACGGAUCCAUUGGCGCAGCGUCAGUGGGUGCCGCGUCAUUAGGAGCUCGUCGUGAUGCGCCGCUGCCGAAGCGAGCGCCCAGCGUGCGCUCUGACGAACGGCCUCUCGCCACACAGGGAGACAUGUUGAAUAGCAUCAAGUUCCAAAGAAGAUUGCGCGAAACUCUGUACCCUGAUAAAUCUAACAUGUUCCAAGAUAAGAACAGUGCAACGCCGAGUAGCUUAAGAAACACUGCAAUAUCGAUCACUCCCAACAAGAUGACUGGCCACAGCCACGAAAUUGGAAGUCCCAGGGAAAGACCACCGAUACCAAAGGCGUUUUUUAACUCAAGCCGUCCAUUAUCGCCCAAAGGUAGAAGGUUAACGCAAAACACAAGCUUUUAUUAGCUGUUUUAUUAAAUUUUGUCUUGUGAAAUAAAAGUAUUGUUCAUUUA